UCACGACUUGAUGACAUCUUAAAGGCGUUCUAGAACUGAGAGCUCACAUAAGGUGAUGAGAAGACCUGUCUGAUCAGACAAGAAGCGCGGCAACAAGCUCCUUGUCAGGUAAAUCGAACCAAGCCGAAGAACCAAACUUUGAAGCCAAACUGUGUAAGUUCACUUUCCAGCUCUUUGAGAGAAAAUGAAUACAUCAGCGAACAACUCAAAUAAGGACCAGCUCCCAAUCCCCAGAGGAUAUGAGUACCAGAAAGUUCUGGCUGAAGGCAAUAAUACACAAGUCAUCAAGUGUGUGAAACCACGCACUAGAGAGACUAUGGUUGUGAAGAUUGGCAAAAACGGCAACGACCUCAGUCACGAGGUGAAAGUGCUAGGAGACCUCAGGGAGCACGACAUGACCAGGUUCAACAUUGUGGAUUUUCUUGGCACGGUCAUCAUUAACGGCAAGACUGGUCUGAAGUUUGAGACGUUGGAUAUCGGCCUUCUGGACUACAUUCGAAAAGAAGGCGGCCAGAUGCAUCUGGAGGACAUCCGAAAAGUCAUUGAGCAGCUGGCAUUCGCAUUGUAUGGCCUGAAGACGCAGGGCAUGAUCCAUACUGAUGUGAAACCAGACAACAUCAUGCUGACGAAUCGCAACAGAAUUCCACUGAGGGUGAAACUCAUUGACUUCGGCAAGGCAAUAUACAAAUCUGAUGUCAAGCCGGACACGGAUGCCGAGCCGGUUUACAACAGGUUUUUAAGCGCUCCAGAAAAUCUGUUGGGACUCCCGUUUUCUGAGGCCAUCGACAUGUGGUCGCUGGGCUGCGUGUUGGGGAUCAUGUUGACUGGCCGGACACUCUUCCCCGACACAAACAGCCAUGACACACUCCGAUCCAUGAUCGAUCUCCUGGGUCCGCCACCGAAGCACCUCAUCGACGCUGGUCUGAGAUCCAAGAUGUUCUUUGAGAAAAGUAUCUCCGAUGAGUGGAUUCUGAAGGAGCACCCAGGAUCAGCAGAUGACUCCCCAGACGACCCGCCCGACACGUUCCAUUCUCUGGAAACAUUGAAGGCGAUGCGUCUGGAGAAAAACAAUGACAAAGAAGCCGAUCAGAGGGGGGCUUGCAUUGAUCUGUUGAAGGAGAUGCUCAGGUGGGAUGGGAGGUUGAGGAUUUCCCCUAAUGCUAUUUCCAACCACCCAUUCUUAACCAGGCGCUACCACGAAAGCAACCUCCCCCUCAGGUCCUGUAUCUCACUGCCAGCCGGGAUCGUCAUGGUUCAGCCCGCCGCCCCCGAGAACAGUACACAACUGGAAAAGACGUCUGAUCUGGACAGUGAAAAGUGUGUCUCACCGCCAUCCGGUGUCAUCAUGGUUCAGCCUGCAGCCCCCAAGAAGAGCAUUGAUCUGGACAGAAAAAAGUGUGUCUCACCGCCAUCUGGUGUCAUAAUGGUUCAGCCUGCAGCCCCUGAGAACGACAUUGACCUGGACGAGGAGUCUGAUGAUGACAGUGAAACAAGUUCUUCAUCGUCAUCCAAUUCAGACCUGGACGAGAUUCCUGAUCUGGACAAUGAAAGAAUUGUCUCACUGCCAUCUGGUGUGGUCAUGGUUCAGCCUGCAGCCCCUGAGAACAACAUUGACCUGGACGAGACGUCUGAUGAGGACAGUGACACAAGUGUCUCACCGCCAUCUUGUGUCAUCAUGGUUCAGCCUGCAGCCCCUGAGAACAACAUUGACCUGGACGAGGAUUGGGAUGAGGACAGUGAAACGUGUUCCUCACCGCCAUCUGGUGUCAUCAUGGUUCAGCCUGCAGCCCCUGAGAACGACAUUGUCCUGGACGAGAUUCCUGAUCUGCACAAUGAAAGAAUUUUCUCACUGCCAGGCGGGAUCUCCAUGGUUGUGUCUUCAGCCCCCAAGAGCCGUACACACCUGGAUGAGGAGUCUGAUGAGGACAGUGACGCAAGUUCCUCAUCGUCAUCCGGUUCAGACCUGGACGAGGAUUCUGAUGAGGACGGUGAAACAAUUUUCUCACCGCCAUCUGGUGUCAUCGCGAAUCAGCCCGCCGCCCCCGUGAUCAACAUUGACCUGGAAGAGAUUCCUGAUCGGGACAAUGAAAGAAUUUUCUCACUGCCAGGCGGGAUCUCCAUGGUUGUGUCUUCAGCCCCCAAGAACCGUACACACCUGGAUGAGGAGUCUGAUGAGGACAGUGACGCAAGUUCCUCAUCGUCAUCCGGUUCAGACCUGGACGAGGAUUCUGAUGAGGACGGUGAAACAAUUUCCUCAUCGUCAUCCGGUUCAGACCUGGACGAGGAUUCUGAUGAGGACGGUGAAACAAUUUUCUCACCGCCAUCUGGUGUCAUCGCGAAUCAGCCCGCCGCCCCCGUGAUCAACAUUGACCUGGAAGAGAUUCCUGAUCGGGACAAUGAAAGAAUUGUCUCACUGCCAUCCGGUGUCGUCAUGGUUCAGCCUGCAGCCUCCGAGGACAACAUUGACCUGGACGAGGAGUCUGAUGAGGACAGUGAUACAAGUUCCUCAUCGUCAUCCGGUUCAGACCUGGACGAGGAUUCUGAUGAGGACGGUGAAACAAUUUUCUCACCGCCAUCUGGUGUCAUCGCGAAUCAGCCCGCCGCCCCCGUGAUCAACAUUGACCUGGAAGAGAUUCCUGAUCGGGACAAUGAAAGAAUUUACUCACUGCCAGGCGGGAUCUCCAUGGUUGUGUCUUCAGCCCCCAAGAGCCGUACACACCUGGACGAGGAGUCUGAUGAGGACAGUGACACAAGUUCCUCAUCGUCAUCCGGUUCAGACCUGGACGAGGAUUGUGAUGAGGACGGUGAAACAAUUUUCUCACCGCCAUCUGGUGUCAUCGCGAAUCAGCCCACCGCCCCCGUGAUCAACAUUGACCUGGAAGAGAUUCCUGAUCGGGACAAUGAAAGAAUUUACUCACUGCCAGGCGGGAUCUCCAUGGUUGUGUCUUCAGGCCCCAAGAACCGUAGACACCUGGAAAAGACGUCUGAUGAGGACGGUGAAACAAUGAUCCAUCCGGACAACGAAGACCUCUCUCCCGACACUUCUGACAAGAAGAAGAAAAAGAAGAACGGCUUCAAACGUUUCCUGUCCUGGAUGAAGAAGGCCAUUUGCCCUUGCUGCAACGUGAAGAACGUGCAGGACUGACAGUUUCUACAGAGGUUUAGUAG